UUACUGUAAGUAAUGAAAUAACUUAACAAAUUCGAAGUUGACAGAGGUAGUUCAAAAUUCGGCCGCCAUUUGUCUUACCAUUGUCAAAAAGAAUUUUUUAUUCAUGAACAUAUUUUAAGGCACUAAACAGGAAUUUUAGUGUCCCAUUUAAGACUAUAAAUCUAAACUCCUCGUAUUGUAGCGAAAAAUGUGAUCUUUGAGUGUUUUAUGUAGUAUCUAACCUUAAUUUUAUUGGCAAUGUUUGGAAUAGUUUGCCCACAAUGCAAAAAAGCAUCGAACGGGGCUGCCAACAGACUGGUAAGAGAUUCUUGCGGUCAUGAGAAAUGCCGUGUGUGUCUUCUUCUCGACGAGGAGAAAUGUCAACAGUGUAAAAUAGAAAAUGUAAACAAAAUAGAGGCCCCAUCAUGUAGAAUUGAAAAAGAACAAGAAUCUUCAAGCGUUAUCAAGUGUGAGAGUCACACUGGAGUGAUAACGUGUAAUGGCACGGCUAAGAAAACACCGAUUUGUCCUAUAGUUCAAAAUGGGGAUGUUCAAACGAAAGAUGAUAUUAAACAACCAACACCGCAAAAAACUAGUAAGAACAAAACAGCUAAAACUGCGCCGAAUAAAAAUUUAUUUGGAAAUGUUUCCAUACCAAAUCACGUGACCAUUCUUAAAGAUCCCACUCAGUAUAAAUGCAACAUUUGUAAUAAAAAAUUUGCUACAAAGUCGCAUAUUAAAUAUCACACCUACUGUACAGGACAAAGAAAACCUUUCCAGUGUAAUUUAUGCUCAAAAGAUUUCAUUACUAAAUCACAUCUAGACGUUCAUAUUUUAAAACAUUCAGGAACCAAACCGUUUACUUGUAACGUCUGUCAGAAAUCUUUUAGCGAAAGAAGCAAAUUAAAGCGCCACAGUGUUUUACAUUCUUCAAUUAAACCAUACAUGUGUUCUGAAUGUGGUAAAGCAUUCCGUAGCAAAGAAUCGCUCAAAAUCCAUACUUUGAUCCAUCGUGGCGAAAAACCAUACUCUUGUCGGGUGUGCAACAUCAGUUUCAACAAUACGUCGAAUUUAAACAAACAUCUGAUCACACAUUCAAAUGAAAAAACUCACAUGUGUGACCAAUGCGGAAAAAGAUUUAAAUUGAAAUGGGCAUUGACUGUCCAUCGCCGAUCUCAUUUGCGAGUACGACCUUUUGAAUGUAGCACUUGCUCAAGAGCUUUUGUUAAUAAUAAAGAUUUGCAACGUCACCAACUUAUCCAUUUAGAAACGAAAGCUUAUAAUUGUAGUAUUUGCAACACUAGUUUUAGGCGUAAAGAUAAUCUAUACCGGCAUGUGAAAAACACACAUCCGGGUAAAAAAGCGGAGCCUGUUACAGCCACCGUCAAACAAUUACUCGUCAAGCCCAGUAAACCGAUAGAUAAUCCCAAUGCGAUUAAUGUGAUAACAGCAUCGCCGGCUUGCAAAACCAAGUCAACGAAUAAUCGAACCGGAACCGUAAUUAACGGGCCUUUGAAGCUUGCAUUCAAGACUAGUGCUUUUAAAAAUAAUUACAACAUUCACAGGGAUUGUGACUACGACCUAAUUCCGAACGUGUCAAAACCGUACGAUUUGGCCGAAUCUGUGAAUAUUUGUCAGAAGAUUUUAUCGCCUCACUCGCCUCCGUCUCGCAACAUAAUCCGGAAAGUCGCCGAGCCGACUUCCACAGAAAUUUGUCAGAAUAUCCUAUCGCCCUAUUCUAGACCUAUCCAUUAUGAGACUUCUUUUGAGCAUAAAAAACACGCAAUUAUAAAAAAUAUCAAAUUUAAAUUGCCUCCAAAUUACACGAAUCUUACGAAUCUUAAAGUUAAUGAUACUUUAAAAGAUGUGAUUUCCGUCAAACCGACUAAUAUUAAUUUUAACGUAGAUGGCGAUUUACCGAAUAAUAACACUUAUACGGAAUUGAAAACGGUACAAAAUGCCGCCACUAGUGUUAUUGUUAAUAGUAAUUUGAACCAAGAUAGUAAUAUGCACUGGAGAAGGAGGACAUCGCAAAAUCUCUGUUCUAGGAGUUUAGAGAAUUAAAGACUGUUCUGGAGUUUUUGCAAAUACAUUUUCUAUAUUUAUGUAAUUUCAGAUGCGUUAAGUAAAGAUAGAUUUUUCACUUAUUCGUAUUUUUUAAUAUUACUAUUUGUAAUUUUUAUUGCGAUUAGAAUGUGAUGUAAGAGAAAAACAUUCUUGAAAAAAUGUAAGAAUAUUUAAAUAAAAUUCGGCUGUGUAUUGUA